AUGACAUAUCCAGGCACACCUUUGGCGGACGUCGUCCGGAUGAGUUUGAGGCCUAAAAUGGAGGUGUCCUUCUACUUCCUCUCCUCCUCCUGCCUCUUCCUCUUCUGCAUCCUCGCCUCCGCUCUUCUCCUCCUCUUCAAAAAACCCUCGUCGCCCACAAUCCUCCAGAGCUACCCUCUCAUCGGCACCCUCCCUCACUUCAUCAAGAACUGCAACCGCGUGCUCGAGUGGUCGACGGAGCUCCUCGCCGCCUCCCCCACCGCCACCGUCACCGUCGCGCCCAUGGUCUUCACGGCCAACCCGUCUAACGUGGAGCACGUGCUCAAGACCAACUUCGACAACUACCCCAAGGGCGGCAGCAUCGUGUCCGCCCUCCACGACUUCCUCGGUCGCGGCAUCUUCAUCUCCAACGGCGAGCAGUGGAAGGUCCAGCGCAAGACCGCCAGUUUCGAGUUCAACACCAAGUCCCUCCGCGCCUUCGUCCUCCACGCCGUCCGCCGCGAGGCCGUCGGCCGGCUCGUACCCUUGUUAAGACGCGCCAGCCGCAGCGGCGAGGUCGUCGACCUCCAGGACGUCUUCGAGCGCUUCGCCUUCGAUAACAUCUGCAGCCUGGUGUUCGACCAGGACCCCAGCUGCCUUCUUGGGGGUAACGAAGAAGGCGAGAGGUUCUUCCACGCCUUCGACGAGGCCGCCCACCUGUGCAUCGACAGGGCGAAGCAGGCCCUGCCGUUGGUCUGGAAGCUCAAGAAAUGGCUCGACGUCGGAUCGGAGAGGCGGCUACGGGAGUCGAUGUCGACCGUCCAUGAGUUCGUCGACAUGUUCAUCUAUCUGAAACGAAGGCGCGGCGCCGGCGAUGGCGGAGAUGACGAUCUCCUCUCUCGCUUCGUCAAGAACGGCGAACAGUCCGACGAGUUCCUCCGCGACUUCCUGAUAAGCGUCGUGCUCGCCGGGCGAGACACGACGCCGGCAGCCAUCACCUGGUUCUUCUGGGAACUGUCGUCGAGACCGGACGUCGUGGAGGCGAUCCGGGAGGAGCUCCGGUCAAUCCGGUCGAAGCAGGGAGAAAAGCGCACGGACGAGGUGUUCGCGCUGGAGGAGCUGAGGGGCAUGCACUAUCUCCAUGCGGCAAUUUCAGAGUCGCUGCGGCUGCAUCCGGCGGUACCGCUGCUGCCGAGGGUGUGCGAGAGGGAUGACAAGCUACCGGACGGGACGAAGGUGUGCAAGGGGUGGACGGUGAUGUACAACUCGUACGCGAUGGGGAGAGAUGAAGGGAUAUGGGGGGAGGACUGCAAGGAGUUCAGGCCGGAGAGGUGGCUGGAGGAAGGGGAGUUCCAGGCGGUGAGCGCUUUCCGGUACCCGGUGUUCCAUGCUGGCCCGAGGAUGUGCCUGGGGAAGGACAUGGCGGUGAUACAGAUGAAGGCACUCACGGCGAUCAUUCUGGAGGGGUUCGAGAUGGAGCUGGUGGAGGAGCGGGGGAAGCACCAGCUCUCGGUGUCGAUGAGGAUGGAAGGAGGGCUGCCCAUGAGGUUUAGAGAACGGCAAGCGGGAACCAAGGCGUUUAAUUUGAUCAAAUAA